AUGAUGAUGGAAGACGAAGACGAUGAUUUCUACGAUCCCGCCGAUGCGGUGCCUGUAACUCAGCAUCAAAAUGGAUCCCAGCAUCCCCCGGCAGAUUCAGGACCGCAGGACUCCAAUGAUGCGGAAGAGGAGGAGAUAGAGGUAGAAGAAGAUGAGGAUGACUUCAAUAUCAUCACCGAAGCACCUGCAGAUGCGCCCCCUCCAGAAGUCCCACAUCCUCGUCACGCCAGUCUCCGCGCGGAGUCUCAAAGACCUUCUUCUGCAGAUGUUUCUACGAUAUCAAAAUCAAUAACGCCUACCGUUACCCCUAAGCUUGAAUCCGUUACCCCUGUGCCUGCUGCUGCAAGGCCUGCGGCCUCUCAGAAACCCGGUUCCGCCUACCCUCCAGUCCAUGCGUCGAACAUCGAUGUCCACGCGAACCCUGUCCAUCCGGCGACCGGUAAACCGAUCAUGUUAACAGACAUGGACACCGACUUCCCAGAGGAUGACAAGCCUUGGAGGCGGCCAGGCUCCGACAUUACAGAUUAUUUCAAUUACGGGUUUGACGAGUUCACGUGGGCCAGUUAUGUAUUGAAGCAACAGGAGCUACGCAAGGAAAUUGGAGAUCAGAAGAAACAAUUGGAUGAUAUGCAGGCUUUCUUAAGCAUGGGGCUUCCGCCGAUGCCCGGCGGUCCUCCGGGACCUGGAGGGCCUCCAGGAAGCGCACCACCUCCUAUGCCCGGCAUGCCUGGAAUGCCGGAUAUGUCACAAGAGAUGAUGCAAGGCAUGCUGACGAGCAUGAUGUCGCAAGGUCUGGACCCCUCAUCCAUGGAUCCUAUGGCAUUUAUGCAGCAUGCGCAGGCCAUGAUGGGUGGGCAACCCGGCGCAGGCGGCGGACAACAAGGUCAACCCGGAUUUGGUGGGCAAGGUGGUGGCCAGCCUCAGAUGGGAUACGGAGGCGGCUUUGGUCGGGGUCGCGGGAGAAGAUGGUAA